GCGGCGCGGAAGAGACGGGGCUAGGGCCCGGGUCCCCACUGGCCGGCUCCUGGGGACAGUGACCAGGAGCCGCAGCCACUGACAGGCGGCCAGAAGCGCGGCAGAAGAGACCGCGCCAGAGACCGGUGGUUCCGGGGCGCAUUAAUUCUCUUGGGGACUGCCGGCAGGACAAGGGUCCCAGCCGGGGCCGCGCGUCGGGGGGCGGCGGCCCGGGCAGGCCAUGUCUUGGGACUCCCCGUCACUGUGGGAGCUGGUGGAGGAACUUGUUCCGCUCCCGGAGCUGCCCGAAGUGAAGAGGAUUCUGGGGGAGACGACGGUGGACCUGAGCCGGGAGCUGAGGGCAGAGGUGGUGAUGCUACAGUCACUGCUCCGAGAGGCUCGAUCCUCGCAAACCCCGGACUCCCGCCCCACCUCUGACCCCUCCUCCCUUCUGGCGCCACCGCCCCUCCUGAGAGACCUCUUGCGCCAGGAACUGCGGCAGCUGCUCCAAGGUCUCCGUCAGAAGGCCAUCUACGAGGGCAGGGACCACACCCAGGCUUGGGUGCAGUAUAGCCCCAAGGUCCUGCGCUUUGCCUUGGAGGAGCCCAGGUGUGAUGUGCCAGAACAAGAGGUAUUCCAGAUGAGAGCUGAUGAGCCCAGGCCUGGAGUAGGCCCCAUGUGGACAGUGAUGUUGACUUCACCUGCCAGCAGCAGUCCCAGAGACCUCCAUGUCAUCAAGGACCAGCUGAAUGUGUUCAGCAUCGACCAGGUGGCCAGACACCUGCGGGGCCUCCUGCAGGAGGAGAGUCGCGCCUUGGAGGGGGAGAUUCCCAUCCUGCAGCGCUGCCUGGAAGAGGAGUACACACGGGCACCCCCACCCUCUGAGGCAACCCUAGAGCCCACCCUGGCAGAGCUGAAGGAACAGAAGGCAGCCAUGCAACAGGAGCUCCAAGUCCCUCUGAAACCUCCCUAUGUCUCCCCAAGCCCCAGGCAGAGGCCCUUAGGAGCCUCCAUCCAGGGCCUUAGACCCUUGCCUUGCCUCCAUGGGGCUGCUGGAGUUUGGGGUGGGCCUCUCCAGUGCUGCCUGCCUGCUCCUCCUCUGGAGCACUGCCCCCGACCUCGAGGCCUGGCCACCACCUGCCGCUGGGGACGGAGGCUUCAGUGCAGCCCCAGAAAAGGACCAACUUCCACUCCACUGUCCAGUGCAGGACCCCAGGCCCCAAUAUGAAGGGCUGGCCACCAAGUAGUCUUCAGCUUCUGCUGGAAUUCACCCCAUCUGCUGCUGCCACUGUGACCCAGCCUGCUUUAGACUUAGUCUUGGAUGGGCCCUCAUCAGGACUGCAAGGCUAUCUGUCUGGCCUUCACCCCACCCUCUGCUAGGCCCCUGGUAUCUUGUCCCAACCAACCCAGCCUUUGGCUUUUCUCCUCCCAGGCGGCCUCCACAAAGGCCUGGCAGGCAGAGGUCUCAUCCCAGCCAGACUCUUGUUCCCCCGGGGGACCCAGACAAAGCACAGCAGGAAUAAAAAU